UGAAUAACUGGGAUCUUACUGGCUAGUCGCGUCACAAAUUGUGCCCGUCCCCCUAUAAUCUUUACUUUAUAAGAAGAACCACGAAGUGGAUCGUUCUGCUUGCUGCGUUCGCACGCUUCUAGACGCCAAAAUGACGGCUGUUGUGAUAAAGAACAUGUCCUUCAAGGCAGGGCAAACCAUGACCAUCACAGGCAUGGUCAACCCUAACGCUACCAAUUUCGCAAUCAACAUAGGGCACGAGCAGGACAUCGCCCUGCAUGUGAACCCUCGCUUCGAUGCCCACGGCGACCAGCGCACUGUCGUUUGCAACUCGUACCAGGGAGGGAAGUGGUGCGAGGAAGUGAGGGACAGCAGUUUCCCCUUCCAACUGGGGAAGGAGUUCAAGGUAAUAAUCACCUUUAACGCGCAGGAGUUCCAGGUGUCUCUGCCCGAUGGCUCCGUGGUCCGCUUCCCCAACCGCUUGGGUGACACCAAGUACAGGCACAUGAAGUUCGAAGGGGACACCAGGAUCCAAGCCAUUGAGAUCAAAUAGACCGCUCCAGGAGGGCGGAGCCGGUCCCAGUCUGGCUACCGAUUGGGCAGUUCUGCUUUCUCGUCUGGCUGCUUAUAGGCUGCCCGUCCUCCCUCUGACCGCCCACUGUCUGCCAUAUUAACCUGUGUGCUUUUAUCGGGGGGAAAAAUGCCAGCCUUCUGAAUACAAGUUUAGGUCUGUGUUUUGUCUAAUCGUUCGUCCCUAGCAGUGAAUUACACUGGUGAGAGAAUCCUUUCCUUAUUCGCUUUGAGUUAAGCUGGGUAAAGAAGGCAUAUUUCAGGAGGGACACAAAUAAUUACAGCAAAAGUACACAGAACAGCUGUCAAUUAUAAUGGGAGCAUGAGGAAACAAAAUAGUUAUGGGGGGGGGGGGGGUCCGGGGGCAGACAGCAUUGUGCACGUUUAUGGUGGGUUCUCAUGAUGGCCGUCUCCUAGCGAGGUGGCUUUUCUGAGCUUGUGGGAGUCAUUCCAUGUUUAUUACUAUGCUUUCUAAAUAAAGACACAUUUGCAAACCA